AUGCUUCGUAACGAUCUACAUAAUGCUCCUACUGAUAAUCAAUCCAUCCAGACGUUCCCAGUGUGCAACAAUUGCCGCUCUCGAAAGGUCAGAUGCGAUCGUGCCCAGCCUGUCUGCGGCUCAUGCACACGGUUGCAACUCGAUUGCUCUUUCCAGAGACAAUCAGUAACCCCUCAUCCUGACAUUGGAGACGAUCAUAUGGGUUAUACGCAGGCUGGAACGAAGAGGAAAAGAGCUCGACGGGCAUGCGGAAGUUGCCGGGCUGUCAAGGCUAAAUGCUCUGGUAUAGGACCCUGUGAGCGAUGCGUUUCUAAAAGACUAGCUUGUGAGCUUGAGAACCACGAAACUCGGUCGAGCGGCGGCCAUGGCCAUAUUUAUGGUGCACCGACGCAAUCUGGGAAGCCAAGUGCUUCUACAUUCUUAACAACUUGGCCACUUGACAAGGCGACGACAAGGGAUUAUUUUCUAGCCUACUUCGAGACAACGAGCAGGAUCCUCUUUGUCUUUCUCCACAAGCCAACUAUUCUCGUAUAUUGGAGCAGAGGUAUCCUCGACCCGAAUCUUAUCAAAUGCGUCGUCGCCUUUGGGGUUUUCCUGGGGAAUGGCCCGUCAGAUGGCCAGGCUACAGCUCGAGCUUGGAUGCAAGAAGUACAGGAGGAAACCCUCAGACGGAUUGGAAGACACACAAUCACGCACCUCCGGAUCCUUGUGUUGUUAUCACGUUUCCGUUUCCACGCUGGUGAUUUUGGUGACGCAUGGAAUAUCCUCGCUCUUGCCGCCCGUGUGGCUUUCACUAUGCGAAUGAACUAUGAACACGAGGGACUAGAUUGUAUAGUGCAGGAGUCACAUAGACGGCUUAUGUGGGCUAUCUACCACCAGGAUCGGCUUUUUUCUGGCGGUAUUGCGGAUCUUCAAGUUUGUCCGGUGGAGAAGAUGCAUAUUCGUCUUCCAUGCGAUGAUCGAAGCUUUGAGAUGGGGAUUGCUUCAAAAGCUGGGUUUCUCAACGAUAACGAUAUCGAUCCAGGUGCCAAUAUCGACACUCAUGCCUUUAAACUUAGACUUCUUGCAAUUCGAGAUAGGAUCUUGAGGUAUACCAAAACUAUUCGCAGACAAGGCACCAGCCCAGCCGAGAGCAGGGUUGAAAUGGAAAGCCUUCAGAUUGAGCUCGAUCUGUUCGAGCGGAACCUCCCACCAGAACUCAAGCUCACCCCUCAAAGAAUAGUAAUUAUGGGCCAUUCUCGUGAGGCUAGCGCAUAUGCUGGGCUCCAUUCGCUUUGGAUGAUGUGCCACUGUAACCUCUACCGUUUCUGUAUCCCCGGUAUUCGUGAGUCUGUGUCCAAAGAAGCUCUAUCUUUGACGCCUCCCGACUUUGUCAAGUACUGUCAGCGCGCAUGUCUAGACUUUGCUGUCCGAUUCUGCGAAUUAUGGUCCGAGUUCUAUCAUCUAGAGUCCAAUGAAUGCCUCGGCGGCGAGUUUUUGGUAUUUUCGAUAUACCAAGUAGCCCAAAUCCUGCACCAUCUGCGACAUUUACUGCCGGAAGAAGGAGAUAUCUGCAUCGUAUCCCUGAAGAAGAAGCUUGUUGGAACACUCGAGCUAGCUAGGCCCCUCGGACGGAUAUUCAGCAAUGCGGCUGGUUGUCUUCGGGAUUCGGAGCGACUAAUCGACGCUUUGGGCCGGGAGUCGAUUGCUAGAACCACAUCAGCGUCAAGUAUUAACGAUGCUCUAGAAGCUAUUGGUCAAAAACAACAUCUAGCAUCGCAGCAUUCUGUCCUAGGCCAUAUAUAUGAUGAUAAUAAUAACCACCAUGAAGAAGAGUACCUUGAGCGGCCCGCAGGAUAUCAAGCGGACAGCCGGUUAGGUUAUGCGGAAAAUGAGGUAGCAAGGUAUCUUCAAUCUGGCACAGGUGUGAAUCAGUCCAAUCACCAAGUGGAAUUGGAACUGGAACAACAACAGGAGUUUGAGCAAGGAUUUUCCGACGCACUUCUCUGGGAUCCGUUCAAUAUGCAGCUAGAUGGGUAUUAUGAUCCAGAGCUGGAUUUGUCGUUCGUUUGA